AUGGGCAACGAGCAGUCCACGGCCAAUGGCGCGCGCGGGGACGGCGUGCCCUUUGUUUGUUGGCAACGUAGCUCCAAGUCGCAGCCUACCGGGGACAUCGACGCAAAGAACAGCGCGUCCGUGACAACCAGCAGCUACCAUUUCGCAGAGCCCUCCAGCUACCGCUACGAUCGCGCGCCACGAGUGUUGCCUGGCAACGCCGUGUUUACAAACCCGCCUAAAGCCGAUGGAGAGCUCAGGAACAAGACGGAGCUGCUAGGAAACAUCGCAGUAGUCGAACGAGGCGGCCGCGUACAUUUCCCGGAUAUUGUGCGGCGACUACUGGCUGUUGGCGUCACAGGCAUCGUUUUCAUCGAGAGGACGGACAACAGGCACGCGAUUCAAUCGUUAUUCGACGGAUUUCACUCGUCUGGACGCCAGCGUGUAUCCAUCCCCAUCGUGCUGCUGUCUAAGUAUCACGCAGACCAAUUACUGGCAGAUAAACCGCCUCGAAUCUCAAUCGAGCUGCUCUGGAGAGAACAGGCGUGUAGGCACGUGGUACCGGACGAUGUGUACUUUGGAGUACAGACUGCAGCACGAGCUGGCGACGUGGAACUUCUAAGACACUUGCUGGAAAUCGACACGACAGGAAAUGUGGUGGAUAAUAUCCCGAAAGCAGUGGCUUUGUGUGACGCCGCGGAAAACGGACAUGUGGAUUGUAUUGAGAUUUUGCACAGUCUUGGCGUCUCCAUGGACGAGCAAAAGCCGACGGGUGUAUCGCCGCUUAUGAUGGCGUGUUCUGUCGGAAAUGUGGAAGCAGCGCGAGCAUUGUUGAUGUUUGGAGCUAGUCUCGACUUGGAAGAUGUACAUGGUAUGACGGCGCUGAUGGUUGCUGCACGUGAUGGUCGUGCGAAUUGCGUGAGACUGCUGGUCAAGAAGGGAGCAAGAAUUAACCUAUCCAGAAAUCGAAGCCGUGGUACAACAGCGCUGCAUAUCGCUGCUCGUGGUGGUCUGGAAGAGUGCUGCUCGAUUUUGUUGCACGGGGGUGCGGAGCUUGAAAUACAAAGUCCGAACUCAACAACGGCUUUGAUGGAAGCUGCACGUGCGGGAAAUCUAGGUUGUGUGAAAGUUCUUGUCGAGGCUGGAGCUAGUCUGAUCGCAAAGGAUCGCGAUGGCCACACAGCUGAGCACCUGGCACGUAUGGCUGGAUAUACCGAUAUUGAAGACUACUUGCGGGAGCAAGCGGAGAGUGAAUCCGUCAAGAAUCAUCGUCGCAAAAUUGAGGAAACGGUUGCCAAGCUAAACUCGACGCUACGGGAUUUGUUGGAAAUUGCAAAAAGCAGCCAAAUGUCAGUUGACAUUUUGUACCGAGAGAUGAUACGUGAGCACAAGUCGAGCAUUUGGCUGGAACAGCCUCGGAUUAUUUAUGAAGUGUUUCGCUUGCUCACGGUUCCUGUCUCGUCGCCCGACUCUGAUCCUGCGGAUGAUCCCACCUACGGCAAAUACACUGUCCAGCAUUUCUGCAGUGAGGUCGCUGUAUGGUACACACCAAAGAUUUUUCAGAAGGGCUACAAGCCAGGUGGUGCUGGCUGGACACUAAACAUUGGGGACGCGUACGAUAUCAAGACUUCGUCCGGGUACCUGAAGGUGCUUUUCAACUUCGUAUGUACUGCGGAUCCGCUGGACGAUGUGCUGUUGGUGCUCUUCUGCAAGGUCGUCAAUCACUUGAUCGUGAACCAAAAUCUUGGAGAGCUGAUGUGGCGCUUCCUUGCUGACGAAGGGCAAUUUAUCGUUCCUUGGCUGGUGUGUCACAUUGGACUAGAUUCCAUUCGCGAUACUGUCGUGUGGUUAUUGUACUCGGACAUGUCGGAGGCUGGUCAACUCAACGUGCGGAAGAGUGGUAUAUUCGACUGCUUGUUUGCUCGGCUGUAUUCGUGGCAGCGAACGCUUGGCUGGGGUGUGGGGACAGCAUUUCAGCGAGAUUCCAUCGAGAACAUUUGCUCGCUGAUCAACUAUAUCAUUUACCCACCUUCGGUGUACAUCAUGAACAACGUGGCUACCUUCGUGGAGAACACAGACCACUCGCUGCCGUUGAUUACAGACCAGCACUUCCCUCUGCACCAUAACGAGCUGUUUAAGUCGCUGUUGAUCUUCCUACUCAACACAACCGAUGUCUCGUUCGGAACUUUGAUCGAUUUGGGCUUUGCGGAGGUUUGUCGUCAGUGUUCUCAAGGAUCAAAGUCGCUUGUUGUUCGUGAGGGCGGUGCUUUGUCCAUCGUUAUGAUGUUGAUGAGCACUCUCGGCUACCACAAGAAGAAACGUGAUGUUACGGGGAUUGAUGGGCUCUUGAAGUCGGUCUACGUGUCUGUUUUAACCGCUUUGAUCCCUCGAGUGGAGAAGUUUGUGAAGCUGUGUCGGGCAGUGGUUACGUCGGAUGUGAAUGCGCUCCAUCAGAAGCGGCUGCCGUCGUCUCCGUUGCUGAACAGCCUUUUCAUUGAGGGAGCGAAUAUCCUGGACUUUGUCAUAUGUGCGUACGACGAGCAAGUGCAGUACAAGGGCCACAUGACGACAAUCGCUAACAGUAUUUUCACGCUAACAAAGAGUGGAUCCGUGGCAAUCACAUGUCAAGAUGUCGUGCGGCAGUAUACGUCGCAGCACGAAAAGUGGGUGAAGUUUGAGCAAGUUCUGGCGGAGCAGAACCGUGUUGAGAUGUUGCCACUUGGUCAGCGCAAUGCGCCGCUGUGUCACGGUUGCUUGAAGCUAAAGCAAAGCGCAGUUGAGUAUGUGGCGACAACCCUUACGAAUGCUGAGGUCGACGAGUACACUGGCUACUUAGAGACUAUUUUCUCGGGCGCUGCGAGUCAUUACUGCAAGGUCACGUACACGGACGAGUUCAUCACGGGCUUCAUGUACAAGAAGGACAAGAUCCACGACCAUAUUCCUAUUCCGGAGCCCACUCGUGUGAGCUCUUUUAUUCAGUUCCCUGUGCCCAUGCCAUUCCACGCGCUCACGUUCACGAUCACAUUCUUUGGAUUGUGCCAAGUGUGCGAUAAACUUUGGUACUGUGACACGCUUCAAAGUGCUAACUGGACGAAUCGUAUGAAGUGGGUCAUCCCCACGUCGGUCCGAAAGUGGUACAGUUUCGGUGUGACUGAGGGUCCUGGUAGUGGUGCACAUGGCUUGCAGUUCUCAUCGAAGGGCUACAAGAACUUUAUUGUGCUCACAGACACUUGGGGUCGCCAGGAGCAGUGGAUGCAUGCGAUUGAAGAUGCUAUCCACAGUCUGGCCACUCAAAUGGCGCGAGGAAACACUGAAAGUGCGAUGGCUAUUGAGAUUGAUAACGAAGUCGACGCCGAGGAGUUUGACGUGAUGCGGAUGCGAGAAAUUACGGCUGGUUCGGGUGGCACUGUAGGCGCAUCCACUCAUGUUGGAAGUGCCCCUAAGAGUGACUCCAGCACUCGAAGCUCGCGUGUGGCGGACGAAGAUGAAAGUGGACGCCGUCGAAGCAACACGAUGUCGUCACUUGAAAGUGAAUCCGGCGAGUUUAAAGACGACGAGGACCAAAGCAGCGACACCUCGUCACCCUCGAAUGAACUGUCGAUGCCUUCUGUGUAG